AAUAUCCUUGUUUUAAGAGGAAGCCCGGUUAGAUAUAUGGAUUCCCUUGAAAAAUUAGACUUUAAUAUAUAACCGGUCGGGGUAUUUGGGUGGUGAUUAAAGUAAGAGUCAGAAAUUGUAUGGGUUGGUAUUGUCCUGGCAGUUUCUUAAGUUUCUCUUCUUCCUCCCGUUUUCUGUCGGCAAUUGCUGCCUGUGAAUCUGCUUCUAACUUCACCUCAGAACUCACCCAUCUCUGCUCCAAAGGACUCACUAAACAAGCCUUUGAUAGGUUCCAUCCUCAAAUAUGGGCAGACCCAUCCCUCUUUUCCCACCUCAUCCAAUCUUGCAUACCCCAAAACUCGCUUUCUCUUGGAAAACAGCUUCAUUCUUUAGUUAUCACAUCUGGGUCUUCAAAGGACAGGUUUAUAUCAAAUCACUUACUAAACAUGUACUCCAAAUUCGGAAACUUACGGACAGCUGUUUCCUUGUAUGGUGUUAUGCUUAGGAAGAAUAUCAUGUCUUGUAACAUUUUGAUCAAUGGACAUGUCCAAGUUGGUGACCUGGAAGGUGCCAGAAAGUUGUUUGGUGAAAUGCCUCUUAGAAAUCUUGCCACGUGGAAUGCGAUGGUCGGAGGGUUUAUCGAGUUCGAGUUUAAUGAGGAAGGCCUUCGUUUGUUCAAAGAAAUGCAUUUUUUGGGGUUCAUGCCUGAUGACUUCACUCUUUCUACUGUUCUUAGAGGGUGUGCUGGUCUGAAAGCUUUGCUUGAAGGGAGGCAAGUUCAUUGUUAUGUGAUGAAAUGCGGGUUUGAGUUUCAUUUGGUCGUUGGGAAUUCUUUGGCUCAUAUGUAUAUGAAGAGUGGACGUCUGGGGGAAGGGGAAAGGGUAAUGAAAUCAUUGCCGAUUCAGAAUGUGGUUGCUUGGAACACUCUCAUUGCAGGAAACGCUCACAAUGGCUACUCUGAGAGUGUGUUAAAUCUUUAUUGUAUGAUGAAAAUGGCUGGUGUUAGACCUGAUAAGAUUACAUUUGUUAGCGUGAUUAGUUCAUGUUCAGAGUUGGCAACAUUAGGACAAGGCCAGCAGAUUCAUGCUGAUGUGGUUAAAACUGGUGCUAGUUCUGUUGUUGGUGUGAUAAGUUCAUUAAUUAGCAUGUAUUCAAGGUGUGGUUGCUUGGGAGAUUCUAUUAAAAUUUUCUUGGAAUGUGAAGAAGCAGAUCUUGUGGUAUGGAGCUCAAUGAUUGCUGCAUAUGGGUUUCAUGGACGAGGAGUGGAAGCUGUUGAGUUGUUUGAGCAGAUUGAGCAGGAAGAAUUGGGGCCAAAUGAUGUCACUUUCUUGAGCUUGCUUUAUGCUUGCAGUCACUGUGGGUUUAAAGAUAAAGGACUCGAGUUCUUUAACUUGAUGACAGAGAAGUAUGGAGUAAAGCCUAGGCUAGAGCACUAUACAUGCGUUGUUGACUUACUCGGUCGCUUUGGCGGUUUGGAUGAAGCCGAGGCUAUGGUAAGAUCAAUUCCUAUGAAAGCCGAUGCUAUCAUAUGGAAAACUUUGUUAUCUGCAUGUAAGAUCCACAAGAAUGCAGACAUGGCAAGAAGAAUAGCUGAAGAAGUGCUUAAGCUUGAUCCUCAGGAUUCAGCAUCCUAUGUACUCCUUUCAAACAUUCAUGCCUCUGCAGAAAGGUGGCAGGAUGUUUCUGAGGUAAGAAAAGCCAUGAGAGAUAAGGGAGUGAAGAAAGAGCCCGGUAUAAGUUGGUUGGAAAUCAAGAAUCAAGUUCAUCAGUUUUCCAUGGGUGAUAAAUCGCAUCCACAAUCGGAGGAGAUUGACAUAUAUUUGAAAGAGCUAACUGCAGAGAUGAAGUUGCACGGUUAUGUGCCUGACACUGGGUCUGUUCUGCAUGACAUGGCUAAUGAGGAAAAAGAAUACAACUUGACUCACCAUAGCGAGAAGAUGGCUAUUGCUUUCGCUCUAAAGAAUACUCCUGCUGGUGCUCCAAUAAGGGUGAUGAAGAACUUGCGGGUCUGCAGUGAUUGCCAUGUUGCUAUUAAGAUCAUAUCAGAGAUCAAAAACAGAGAAAUUAUUGUACGAGAUGCAAGUAGAUUUCAUCAUUUCAAAAAUGGGAAAUGUUCUUGCUCAGAUUAUUGGUAAGAGGGGUUCUCCUAUUUAAUAUUAGUACUAUAUAAGGUGGUCGCAGGUCUCUGGAAGCAAAUUAGUUAAUCAGUAAUCGAUUAAUUUGAGCAAAUAAUUUAUGAGAAUAUGAGUUAAUCAAUCAACUUUGGAAGGUAAUUGAUUAAUCGGGAACAAAUUUGUAUUUCUUGAAUUGUUGAAACUGGCUUUUAAUUUUUAAAGGUUGCGUAACUUUAGAGAGAGAAAGAGAGAGAGAGAGAGAGAGAUUCCUUCGUGAAUGGGUGUCUAAAGCAAAGGCUUGUAAAUACUCCCUAGUAGCCUUCAAGACAUAACAUUGUAAUCAAUCAUUCCAAAACUCUUAUCGUUCUUCAUGUUGCAUACAAUUUUCUGAAUUGGUUUAAGUA